AUUGCGGGAAAGCAAAAGCUAGCAAACGUUCAUAGACGAAACAAUGUGAGAGAAAACCUUUUUGAUACAUCGGGACACAAAAGCUCCGUUGUUCCACUAAUGGAGUACGGGAAGGAAAGAGUUGUGGCGUUGGUGGACAUGGACUGUUUCUACGUGCAAGUAGAGCAAAGGCUGAAUCCUGCCCUGAAGAAAACUCCCUGUGUAGUGGCCCAGUACAAGACCUGGAAAGGGGGCGGGAUCAUAGCUGUGAGCUACGAGGCCAGGGCCCACGGCGUCACCAAGAACAUGUGGGUGGACGACGCCAAGAAGCUGUGCCCAGAUCUCCAGGUGGCACGAGUGCGCGAAUCUCACGGCAAGGCGGACCUGACCCCUUACAGGGAGGCCAGCGUGGAGGUAAUCCAAGUGAUGUCUCGCUUUGCGGUAGUCGAGCGGGCCAGCAUCGACGAGGCCUACAUGGACUUGACCGCAGCUGUUCAGCAGCGACUGAAGGACAUGGCGGACAAACAAAUACAGCCUCACCUGCUGAGGACCACCUGCAUCCAAGGUUACCCUCACAAUUCAUCUGAAGGAGAGGAAGAAGCUGCUGAGGAUCCCAUUCUGGACAAAGAGAAGAUGAGGUCCACAGGUGUCCAGCAGUGGCUGGCGUCCAUGCCGAUGCACAAUUCUGCCGAGCUUCAGCUCACCGUGGGGGCCCUCAUUGUGGAGGAAAUGAGGGCGGCCGUGGAGCAGCACACAAGCUUCCAGUGUUCAGCUGGGAUCUCACACAACAAAGUGCUGGCUAAACUGGCGUGCGGUUUGAACAAACCAAAUCGACAGACCGUUUUGCCGCUGGACUCUGUGACUGAACUUUUCAACACGCUGCCCAUUAGCAAGAUACGCAACCUGGGAGGAAAACUGGGGGUCUCGGUCACAGAAGCGCUUCAUGUGGAGCACAUGGGGGAGCUGACUCGCUUCUCUCAGGCUCAACUGGGGCACCACUUUGGAGAGAAGACCGGUCAGUGGCUGUAUGAUUUGUGUCGGGGCAUUGACUUGGAAGCAGUGAAACCCAGGCAGCUGCCAAAAUCAAUUGGCUGCAGUAAGAACUUCCCUGGGAAAACAUCACUGGCUACAAAAGAGCAGGUCAAGUACUGGCUUCAUCAGCUGGCUUUGGAACUGGAGGAGAGGCUGACCAAGGACAGAGAAGUGAACGGUAGAGUGGCAAAGCAGUUAACGGUCGGCGUCCGACAGCUGGGUGACAAGCGGCCGAGCAGUUUCUCCCGCUGUUGCGCUCUCGUGCGCUACGAUGCCGCCAAGUUGUCGGCCGACAGCUUCGCCAUUAUCAAGAGCCUCAACGCGACGGGAAACCAAAAGGUGGCGUGGACUCCACCGCUCACGUUGCUGCACCUCUCUGCCAGCAAAUUCGUUGACGCCCCUUCAGCCUCAGCGGGGGGCAUCGCAGGCUUCCUGAGCGCAGACAUGCCUUCCACUCAAAGCUUUCUCUCCGCCAGUCAUGCCGCACGCAAAACGCCCGCCACCAUUCAGUCCUUCUUUCACAGGCAGCAAACACAAUCCCAGUCGACUCCAUCGUGUUCCGUCUCUUCUCCGAGUCCUUCUAAAGGCGCUUUGGUAGACCCUCGCGCAAGCAUCGCCUCGUUCUUCCACAAGAAAAACGCAGAAACAGGUUUGAAUCCAAGCCACGAUGAUGAAAAGCGCGCUGAUGGUUUAGCCACCUCGCUGCCCACCUCCAGUGUGGACAACGCGGAAGACGUGCUCAAGUGUCACCGCUGCGGCCAGAACGUGCCGGCCUGGGAGAUGCCCGAACACAACCUGAGCGCAGACGUGCCUUCUACUCAAAGCUUUCUCUCCGCCAGCCACACCGCACGCAAAACACCCGCCACCAUUCAGUCCUUCUUUCACAGGCAGCAAACACAAUCCCAGUCGACUCCAUCGUGUUCCGUCUCUUCUCCGAGUCCUUCUAAAGGCGCUUUGGUAGACCCUCGCGCAAGCAUCGCCUCGUUCUUCCACAAGAAAAACGCAGAAACAGGUUUGAAUCCAAGCCACGAUGAUGAAAAGCGCGCUGAUGGUUUAGCCACCUCGCUGCCCACCUCCAGUGUGGACAACGCGGAAGACGUGCUCAAGUGUCACCGCUGCGGCCAGAACGUGCCGGCCUGGGAGAUGCCCGAACACAACGACCAUCAUUUCGCCUUGGACCUGCACAAAUCCUUUUCCCCUUCUUGUUCUUCCUCCUUCGUCAGAAGGGAACCUGCUGCAGGGCCAGCGCUAUCCUCUCAGGUCAAAACUAAAAGCAGAGUGUCAGGAGGACCCCAUCCCAAAAGACAUCGCACGCAAGGAGGAGGAGGAGGAAGUGCGGGUACUCUGGAUUCUUUUUUCCAAAGAUAUUAAUCUUUGCAUGUGAAAGUGCCUUCUUAAAUUUCAUGAAUACAGUAAUGCCUUGAGAAUACGCCAACUUAUGAGUUUUUGGAGUUUCG